UUUAGUAUGUAAUCGGCCAACUGAACUGCAAUGAGGUAUUUGUUCUGUAGAUUUAUUUCGUCAUUGGAAUCAACGCGACUGAGAACUUCAGUUAGAGUAGUAAUGAUGGCAUCUCAGCGUCCAAGUUCAGACCUUGCAACGUUUCGUGAAUAUUUCCGGAAAGCUAAAUACAUCGUUUUCAUGACAGGUGCAGGCUGUAGCGCCGAGAGCGGUAUUCCAACGUUUCGAGGAGCAGGGGGACUGUGGAGAACAUACCAAGCUCAAGAUCUAGCUAGCCCUACUGCAUUUGCGGCAAAUCCCUCUCUUGUGUGGGAGUUUUAUAGUCAUCGACGUGAGGUAGCUGCCUCCAAAGAACCAAACAAGGCACACAUUGCUAUAGCAGAGUGUGAGCAACGACUUGCUAAACAAGGACGCUCAGUGGUUGUUAUCACUCAGAAUAUUGAUGAACUCCACCGUCGAGCAGGUUCCAAAAAAGUCCUUGAGCUUCAUGGAACUCUGUACAAAACAAGGUGUACUAAGUGCGGGAUUGUUGUUGAUAAUUACACCAAUCCAAUAGUCCCAGCACUUGCUGGUAAAGGUUUACCAGAUCCAAAUGUGAUGGAUGCUAGGAUUCCAGUUGAGGAGUUACCAAAGUGUUCUGAAUGUGGUGCUCUCACUAGACCGCAUGUUGUCUGGUUUUCUGAGGCACUGUUUCCUGAUGUUCUAGGUGAGGUUGAUAAACAUCUAGAAAAAUGUGACUUAUACUUAGUGGUAGGUAACCUCCUUUUGCAUGAUAAUUAUUGUAUCUUAAUUCCUUGCAACGAAACAGCAAGGGAUAGUUUCCACCAUAGUUUAAGACUUAUUUUCCAUUUCAAGGGUCCUGCAGGCGAGACCCUGCCCAAGGCAAUUGAGAGACAUCCAUCUGAGCUUAGUGACCAAUAAGAGUUACUGCAUGUCCAGAGCAGAAUGGUGCAAGGGAAACAUACAUUGUGUACAAGACCACUUACACAACGUGCCUGUGUCAGUGAGCUUGAAGAUAUGUGCACCUUAAGCUAAGCUAAUGUCACCCUUGCAACUUGCCUGUGGCCAUUUGCCAGCAACUAUGAGUUGCAUGAUCAGAGGCAACAUGAGGUAUCCGAUCGGCAGAUGGAAAAAUGUACAUCUUUACCCAGUGUUAAAGCAGUAUACAUUUCAAAAAGUAUACACAGAUACUAUGAAACUAGAUUUUUAGUUUUUAAAUUCUCCCCUAUUGAAAUUUUUAAAAAUAUAUAUAUCUAAAAAAAUUAAUAUUAUUUGGAUAGCUUACUUGACAAUAUGUGUAGGACAAGCUAAUCUAAUGUCACCCUUGCAGCUCGCCUGUGACAACUUGCUAGCAACUAUGAGUUGUGUGAUUAGAGGCAGCAGGAGGGAUCCGAUCGACAUUAUGGAAAAAUGUACAUCUUUACCCAAUGUUAAAGCAAUAUACAGUACAUUCGAAAAAAUAUACACAGAUACUAUGAAACUAGAUUUAUCUUAAUUCUCCCCUAUUGAUAUUUUUGAAAAUAUAUAUAUCUAAAAAAAUUAGUACCAUAAGGCAUUAGCAUUCACAAACUAGAUGAUUAAGUUUGCUGGUAAUCAUGGUUUUUUGUUGUACAGUAAAGGCCUGGAAAACUACAGAAUUUUUUGUAAUUAAUUUGUAUGUUUUCCCAUAUUUUAUGCACAGCUGAUAUAAUGAAAAAUAAUAAUGAAAAUUUGUUUUGCACCGUAUCCAUCUACUGUAGAAAGAUGCUCAUGGCAAAUCGACACAACAGUACACUUCAGCAGUACUGUAUAUUUUUAUUGCAAUAAUGGUAUUUAGAGGUAUGCUGGAUAAUUUAUAGCAUAUGUAUUUUGGCAUUAUCUUAUGCAUUGUCAAUGAGAGAAAAUAAAUUACUUUUUACCUCAGUAAAUAGGCAUAAUGAUUGCCAAAGUAAGCUUUGUUUCUUUUUUCAUUACACCACUGUCAGUGUAUAUGCAGUCAUUUAGGUGAGACAUUUUUCAUAAGUUGUUUUGCGAACCCGCCGCCCUCCAAUAUUGAUAAUUUCAAAUAAAAAUAAAAUUUAAUUUUUGGUCAAUUAGCACACCAGUUGCUGCGAAAAAAUGGCAAUCUUUAAAAAAAUAAGUUCGGGAAACAAAAAAUAACAGGCUCUACAACUUGCUUCUUUCAGUGUUUGCUUUAAGCUUUAUUUUUUUAAAGAUCAUUAUUGUACAUAAACAUUACAUAAAACAUUUGAAGCAUUGCUUUUCUAUGUUUACAAUAUUGUAUCCAUGUAGUGCUGUCAAUUAUUUACAUAUAUUCUCUAAAAAAAAUAUCUUCUGGUGACUUAUUUGCUGAUUAAUACUGUAAUUACAAAAUGCUUCAGAUAGAGUCAUAUCAAGCUGGACAUCUUUACACAGUAGAUUAGUCAAAAUCUGAUAACCUUAAAUAAGGAGGACUUACGGAAGGGUUUUUAACUGAUUUUAAAAAAUUGCCAUCAAACGACAAAUAGAAUCGUACUACAGAAGUUAGCUUGACCUGAAGUGGCGUGCUCUUCUUUCUCCUUUUCUUUAUCGACCCCCCCCCCAACAGCCCUGGACCACCACUGCUGAGGAAGAACCGCAAAAGCGCUCUCAUUGUACGUUAUGAGAAAUCAUGAAGUAACAAAAUAAACCCAAUGUUCCUUAUCGUCAAAGAUUAAAAUAGGAAAUUUUGACAGGUCUCUGGAGCAGUACUUAUAUAAAACAGAUACAUUGUCCUUAACGCUUGGUUUCCAUACAAUCGCUACAUGCUAUCACUGACAGCUUUCGGUGAUGCUGAUCGGUCGGUACAGCAAUUGCACUGAAAACACUGUAGCGACUUUAACGAAACCAGGCUUCAUUCCAUUAACUUUCAAGUGAGUGUUAUUUAAGGAGACAAUACCAUCAGCCAACUGCUCAUGAAUGGGUUUGGAUGGUGUUUUGAAAUCAAAAUUAAGUGCCUCUCUUUGUUUUGUUAUAUCUUUUGACAAGCACAGGACAACACAAGCACACCUUUUUACACUAUCUUCUGAAAUGUCUUCAAUGAUUUUGCAUACAAACAAGGAAGACAUACCCUAAUCACACAAUUAUACUGUACAUUAUGGUAAGCGCUACAUUUUAUCAUUGUUUUUUGGCAUUAAAAAUAAAGACAAAAAAAACCUGGGAAAUCCUGUUAGUAAACUUUUUAUGGCAAUCCCAUCUUGGAGCUACCAAAAGUAACAAACUCCAAGGUGCCAUAUAUCAAUCCACUAUGAGGAAAUUAAUACAGGUUAAUGAUUUAUUAUGCUACGAAAGCAAAUGUAUAACAAAAUAGUACUGGUUGGCAGGCCAUGGUAGAAUAUCAUACCGAUUACUACAUUCUUCAGAAUCUUAUGAAUAUUUCCAAUUUUUUUCUAUAAUAUAAUAUAAUAAGUUGCAUAAAAUCACUUCCCAAUCCUCAACUUAUAUACUGUACCUUUAUUCAAUUUCAAUCUAUGUAAGUAGAUUUAUGUAAGAAUUUGUUCAAUUGAUUAAAAAUAUAUCAAAAUGUAUCAAAAUACUAUACAGUCCUUGAAAAUGAAACUGAAAUUUCAUCCAAAUUCUUAGUCCAGAUUUUUAAAUAAUUUAUAGUAAUGCACUGAAUGAAUUGAUUUCAUUACAUUCCUUGUAUAAAAUUGGUAAAACAUAAGCAAACCAAUCAGAAAGUAUAUGUAGGUUCUGCUAUCUAGAAAAACUAUUUUUUUUACAACACUGCAGUAAACACCAGGUAUAUAUCAAACUAAGAAGGCACAUCAAAUACAAGGGCAGAUCCAGUGGGGGUGGGAAAUUCGAGACCCCCCCCACCAA